GGGUGGGUAAAAACUUCCAUUAACACGAUUAUUUUUGUAUGGAUAAAUAGUUAAAUACCCAUCUUAUUCAAGUCAAAAAAAAAAAAUACCCCAUCUUAUUACUCCAUAAAAUAAUCUCAUGCUGCUCGAGAGCAACCUAAUGUACGAAAACCUUUUCUUUGGCAAAACUUGAUUUGCUAUAUUCAGCUCCGAAGGAAAGUAGAUCUUCAGUCGUAACACUCGUAACUGGAACAAAUAAUUCAAAUUCCGAUUAACUGGAAGAGCUUUGAAGCUUUAAAACGAGGUGAUUAAGUCAUGUCAGCGCUGUUCAAUUUCCAUUCGUUUCUCACAGUUGUUUUGUUGGGCAUAUGUGCCUGCACAUAUGUGAAGAUUCAAUUCCCUGCUCUUCUUGAACAGAGAACUGGGUUUCGAGGUGUCUUCUGGAAGGCUGCUAGAAUAGGGGAGCGACUGAGCCCUUGGGUCGCUGCAGGAUGCUUCACUAUGGGCGUCUCGAUCAUCUUCUUCUGAAUAUAGAUGAAUUAGACUUCAGUGACAAUGUUUGAUUUUUUUAGUCUACAUUUUCUUAGUUGAAAAUUAUACUGUAUUCUUUCUCUGAUUUGUACACUUCUGUUUGGCUUUCAAUCUUGAAUCUUUUUUCUUAG